UUCCACAUCAUCUCUCUAUCAUCACCUAUCUUAAAUGUUACUAGUACCAUGGCUACUGAGCUUGGCCUUCUUUCCUUGACCCAGGUUCAAAAAUUAGUUCAGUCUCACCAAAAUCAACCACAAAACCCUAACUUUUCUUCAGGUGCUAAUUCUUGGAUGUUGAACCCUAAGAAAGCUCCCCAAGAAGAUGAUGAUUCAUGGGAGGUUAGGGCGUUUGCAGAAGACACAGGUAAUAUCAUGGGCACCACUUGGCCUCCAAGGUCUUACACUUGCACUUUUUGUAGAAGGGAAUUUCGGUCAGCUCAAGCCCUAGGCGGCCACAUGAAUGUGCACCGCCGAGACCGUGCUCGCCUUCACCAAACGCAACCGGGUUCAAUCAAUAUUCCCUCUUCAUCAUCUUCCACUUCCUCCUCGACUUUGAUAAUUCCAACUCAAGAGUUCGCUACAAACGGUGGAUUAUGUCUACUCUACCAAUUACCUAACCCUAGUGGGGUUUUCACUCCCACAACCAUGACUGCAUGUGCUAUUGAUUCGCCAUCUCCUCUUCUCUCUAUCUCGCCGUAUCCCUCCAACAACUUGAUAGCGGCGCCAUCGAUAAAUUUCCCAGUAACGCCGCAAGGGCUAAAUUCUUCUCAAUGCCACUCCAGCAAAGAUCCCUCAGGCUCUAUCGACAAUAGCAAUAAUGUGAAGGAGAACAGCAACAACUACAACGAUUCGGCCAUUGAAGAGCUUGAUCUAGAGCUUCGCCUAGGGCACAGACCAACACCAUCGUAACAACAAAUUAACAAGAAAUUUUAUUGUGUGAGUGUGAUUUCUUUAAUUGCAGUUUGAGGGAAAAGAGUGUCAUUGAUGUGUAAGAUACGGUAUAAUUUUGAUAGGCUUGUGUGAGAUUUUUUUUU